AACACUCACAAUGUGCACCAGUCUCUCAACUUCUUGAUCAGUAGUGUUGUGUACAGUGCCUGUCAACCAAACAGAUAAGAUGUCUGGGAAGAAAUGCGACAAGCCAGAGGAGUGUGUGCCCGAAGGAGAGUGUGAGGAUCGUGGAAAGGGUUGUGACAAGGGAAAGGGAAAGGAUGGCGACUCUGAUGGAGAAGGGAAGUGCCAUGGAAAGUCGGGUGAACGUGGGGGACACGGACACGGAAGGGGAGGAGGCCCGGACUGUGGAGAGCGUGGUGGAAAGGGUGGUCGUGGGGGAAAGAACAACUAAUGACUUUGUUUUGUCUGAAGUAAAAUAAUAUAUAUAUAUAUAUAUAUAUAUAUAUAUAUAUAUAUAUAUAUAUAU